AGCAAGCCUAUUCCAUAAACCACAUAUCUAUUCAAAACAACACAUCCAACCCUACACUACCAGCAAUGGUUUCUCUACGCGACAUCGGACUUCUGCUCCUCGCAGCCCCAGCGGCCAUGGCAGCGCCAAAAGCACCCUCCGAAGUGUCCACCAUAACCCUCCCCUUCUCCAAAUCAGACGAUACCUCCAAGCCAGUUUCAACCUCAGCCAUCGCCUCACCUGCCUCAAAGGCCUCCCAAAAGGCCGCGUGCCAGCUACCCCUCCGUUUCACCAACUUUGCGCUCUACUCCGACACAGGCUGCCAGAACGCGAUUUUCGACCCCUUCAUGCUCACCUGGGAUCCCUGUAAGGGAUACCAGUGGACAAACCCACUGGCGAAUGGUGUUAUAUUCCAGAGCAUGAGAUGGACUGGGGGAAGUAACGCGCAGAACUUUUAUGUUUGCCAGCAGGGUUUUGGGUGUAAUGCGAAUGUUGCCGAGGUUAUCCAGGCUUCCAACACUUGUUCAUCUGGUGGAGGGCUACAUUUUGACAAGAUUGCUGUCAACCCUUAGAUGCUGAAUGUAUAUAGGCGG